AUGGAAUUCCAAGCUAGUGGGUUCACUGGAUUUGCCAAGGGUCUGAUUUGUGUUCCCCGCAAAAAGCCACCAAGCACCGACCAAAGACCCCUCUCCGCCGCCACCCGCUCCAACCAACCGACAAACACAAUCACUGUACGACAUAGCAGCAAAAAGCUGGAUGUUUUGUUUAAAAUACACCCCGAAAUUUUAGCUGUAACCCACAUGUUCUAG